CCGACGCGCCGACGCGCGCGUUUUCUGAGCCGAUACGAUCAAAUGUCGGCUGCUCCGCUCCCGCCAGCCAGCAGAGCUAGUCGCGCGCCGACGCCGCCCCGAGCAGCCGUCUCCGCCAGGCGCCAUGCACGCCGCCACAACCGGCGGCAAAAACAGGAGAAUACUCCGCAACUUGUUACAGACUUACAAGAGCAUGCCGCUAUUGUGGGACAAAAAACACAAGCAAUAUUUCAAUAAAAAAGCAAGGUAUGAGGCGUUUAAAGAUUUGCUAAAAAUCUAUCAACAACUCGAUUGCCAUGCCACAAUAAUCACUGUGAGGAAGAAAAUUGACAAUUUUAGGAAUACAUAUAUGAGGGAAUUGAAGAAGGUGAAGACAUCGCAGCUGACCGCGAAGGAGCCUGAGGACGUGUACGAGCCGACGGUGUGGCACUACAAGGAGCUGGGCUUCCUGGAGCACCUGGUGCGCCUGGACACCACGCGCGGGAGCAGAGCCGAGCACACCGACACCGAGUCUGAGAGAUCUGUUGAAGAAGAUCAAUCAAACAAUACGAUCAAAGAAGAGGACCAGAACCCCCUGGAUAGCGAUUGGAACGAGCACUACGCGGUAGAAUCCAACGACGACAUCGACAAUGGCAUCCAGGAGACCGGGGAGAAAAUAUACAUCUCAUAUGCUCAGCCCAUGCCCAGAAAAUCUUCAAAAGCAAAAACCAAAGAAAAAUUGGUAACCAACAGAAAGAUGAGCUUGCCUAUGGGCCCUGACGAAAUCAUUGGCCAUUCUUUCGGCGUGCAGCUGGCGGGCCUGCAGGUGAAGCAGAAGGCAAUAGCGCUGAAGUUGAUCUCCGACGCCAUAUACUACGCUAGUUUAGGGAAGUUGCAGGAAACAAGCACCGUGCAAUUGUAGUUUCGAAAUGAGCGAUUGUGCCGGCAAAAAAACUGGACUGUGAUUCUUUAGAGUUUAAAAAAAUAUUAAAUUAAGUAGCUUUAAGAAA